AUGGGGCGGGGAGGGGGCACCCCCCCCCCCCCGCGGAGCCCCCCCGACCCCGCGCGUGCCCGUGCCGCAGGUGAGAGCGUGACCGCGCGCUGCGAGGCGCUGAGCGCGCUCCCGGAGCUGACGCUGCUUUACUGGCUGGGGAACGGCUCCUUCGUGGAGCGGCUGCCGCCGGCCGGGGCCGCGAGAGAGGGGCCGCUGCGGGAGCAGCCCCGCGGCGCGGGGGCGCUGCUGAGCCGGGACCUGCGCCUGGAGCCCUUCGGCGCGCAACACGCGCGCACCGCCUUCCGCUGCGUGCUGCUGAGCCCCGCGGGAGCGCGCAGCGCACACCUGCGCUGGCCCACUGCGCCUGCGCCCGCCAGGGGGUGA